AGAGAAUGGGCAAGCACGUAAUUCAAGAUCACUACAUGUUUUUUUAAGACAAGAAGUGCAGUUAGUUUAACCUAUACACGUGCCAAGAAUCAGCGCUUCUCAUUCAUAUCAAAGUGGAGAGAGGUAGCUCAACAACAAGCAAAAGCUUCUUGAAUCCUGAUCAUCGGAAUGUAUCACCGCAUUCCGUCGCUGAUGGAGCCGUUUCUCAGGAGAGUCUCGGCGCGUUGGCCGGUUAUCGUUCAGGCUACGACGUGGACGGUGCUCCUCAUGAUCACUGUAGCCGUCGCUUCUUUCGCUCCCGAGUUGGCGUUUGUGUCUACGGUGUCGUCUCCGUGCGGCAGAGGAGAUGGGUUCGUGAAGAUUCCGAUGGAUUUUCCCGGGGACAGUGUCUGCGUGCCGUCUCACAUGGUAAGGAGAUCGCGUUUCGAUUUGUUCAUGCCUCCUAUUUUUGCGGCGGUUAUGGUGACGGCGUCGGCUUGUUUGAUCCGUUCGUGUUUUGGGACGACGGAUGAUAUGGAAGACGUAUGAUAAUUAAUGUAAUUAAUCAUUCUUUUAUCUAAAACUGAAUAUAAAAAAAUGCAGCGCAUGAACUAUAUACGUUCACCAUCUCCAAUUUCAAACAUUUUAAGUUGGUUUUUUUUAGCUGAGACGUUGAUCGAUACUUGACAUUCUUUUAUC